CUGCCUGAUCCCACCAGCGAGCAUAAGAAGAGGGGAAGAAGCAGAUUGGAAUCGGUUUCCCAUAGAUAUGGCAAUGGUAGUGGGUGCGUGGCGAGACCCUCAGGACGAUGUGCCAGGAAGUCAACCUUCACAGCCACCUCCAGGGCAAGGGCCAGGGGGGGGACCGCACACUCCGCAGACUCCGGGGCAAGGAGUGCCCCCUACGACCCCUGUCCAGUCGAACCCGACCAGCCAGCCCAGCCAGAACCAAGGAGAGAAGCAGCAGCAGCAGCAGCACAUAGAGUGCGUGGUGUGCGGGGACAAGUCUAGCGGCAAGCACUAUGGCCAGUUCACUUGCGAAGGCUGCAAGAGCUUCUUCAAGCGAAGUGUAAGGAGAAACCUGAGUUACACUUGUCGUGCCAACAGGAACUGCCCUAUAGACCAACACCACCGCAAUCAGUGUCAGUACUGUCGCCUCAAAAAAUGCCUCAAAGUUGGCAUGAGACGGGAAGUUUCUUCUUUAUUUACUGCAGCCGUACAGAGGGGCAGAAUGCCACCUACACAGCCUACCCAUGGCCAAUUCGCCUUGACAAAUGGGGACCCUCUCAACUGCCAUUCCUACCUAUCCGGAUAUAUAUCUCUUCUCCUGAGAGCAGAACCCUACCCGACCUCUAGAUUUGGCAGCCAAUGCAUGCAACCCAACAACAUUAUGGGCAUCGAGAACAUUUGUGAACUGGCAGCCAGGAUGCUCUUCAGUGCCGUGGAAUGGGCACGGAAUAUUCCCUUCUUCCCAGACUUGCAGAUCACAGACCAAGUGGCACUGCUCAGGCUGACCUGGAGUGAGUUAUUUGUUCUGAACGCUGCCCAGUGCUCAAUGCCACUCCAUGUUGCCCCUCUCCUGGCCGCUGCUGGUCUCCACGCUUCCCCCAUGUCCGCGGACAGAGUGGUGGCCUUUAUGGACCACAUACGAAUAUUCCAGGAGCAAGUGGAGAAGCUCAAAGCAUUACAUGUGGACUCGGCUGAAUAUAGUUGUUUAAAAGCUAUAGUUCUCUUCACUUCAGAUGCCUGUGGUCUAUCUGAUGUGGCUCAUGUGGAAAGUUUGCAGGAGAAAUCGCAAUGUGCAUUGGAAGAGUAUGUUAGAAGCCAGUACCCCAAUCAACCGACCAGAUUUGGCAAACUAUUACUCCGUCUACCUUCUCUCCGCACUGUGUCAUCUUCUGUCAUAGAGCAAUUGUUUUUCGUCCGUUUGGUAGGUAAAACCCCUAUAGAAACCCUCAUUAGAGAUAUGUUACUCUCUGGAAGCAGUUUCAAUUGGCCCUAUAUGUCCAUACAAUAAGUACUGAAUAGGGACAAUGGAGGGCAAAACAAAACAAACAAAAAAAGACUUUGGGGGGUUGUUUGCUAAAACGUUUCUUCUACUAAGGCUGUUACAAGUUUACUUACAGAAGAGGGGGGAAAAAAAUUAUUGGACUGUGAAUUUAAAAAAAAAAGACUAUGAUGAACUCUCACAUAAUGCAUUUAAAACUGUCUCAUUCAGAACAACUUGCUUCUUUUUUUUUUUUUGUAAAAAAAAAA